AUGUCAGAAAGAAAACGCGCUCAUAAUGAAGAUGAUUCCGAUGAUGCGAAUUCGGAAAUUUCCCGACCGCCGUUAACGAGAUCACAUAAAAUUGAAAGAGAUGAUGACAAAAAGUUCAACCUCCUCCUUAUUUUGACCGGAAGUGUAGCAGUUAUUAAAGCGCCAGAACUUAUUCAAAAACUCUAUCAACGAUGCGGAGAAGAUAAAAUUAUUAUUAAAGUGGUUGCAACUGAAAAUGCGUUUAAAAUGCUAAACUCACAGAAAUUGGAAAUUGAUGAAUUAAUUUAUCUCGAUAUGGAUGAGUGGAACAUGUGGAGAGAGCGCGGCGAUCCGGUACUUCACAUUGGUAAGAUCUGUGAACUUCGUAAGUGGGCUGAUGCUAUGUUAAUUUCUCCAUUGGACGCUAACACGAUGGCAAAAAUCGCGAACGGAAUUUGUGACAAUCUUGUCACAUCAGUUAUCAGAGCAUGGGAUUUCGAAAAGCCUGUUUAUUUUGCACCUGCCAUGAACACUUAUAUGUGGGAGAAUCCGUUAACAGUGGGCCAUAGGAAUACGUUGAAAUCGAUUUUGCAGUUCAAGGAAAUUUGUCCGAUAUCCAAAGAACUUAUGUGCGGUGACAAAGGUCUUGGCGCGAUGGCCGAUACUGAAACAAUAUCCUCUUUGAUUUCCGCUUUAGUUCGUGAUCAACUUGCAGUUCGUUCUAGACACUAA